CAAGCCAGCUCUGAAGCUUCUCUCAUUCACUGAAUCAAACAACACCAACCCAAAUUUCAUUUUCCAGAUCCAGAGCUGAAGAAGAUGGCGACGCGGAUGAAACUAUCUAAAAUUUGCUCUCUGCUAAUGGGUCUUCUCUUUGCUUGCUCUGCAUCUGUUCAACUAAAUGAUCCAGAUUGGUACUUGUGGAUGCCUCUGUAUUCCUCUGCUUGCCUUGUGAACCUGACAAGCAUGGUCUUCGCCACAUCCAAAAUGAUCCCACGCAUCGGGAAGCCGGCACUUUGGCUCGGGAUGUUUCUGUUCGCGAAGGUGGCGGUGGAGGGCUACAGGCACCAAAUUGCCGGUUUCUGGUCGCUGGACAUGAGGGAGAGAGUUGUGAGGGAGAAAUUUGGGAGUGGGUUGGUUGUGUUCUCCAUGUUCCUGCAUCUUGAAGCCGCAUCCAAAAAGAAGGGUCUCUUUACAAGGAAGGAUGAAGGAGGAGUUGUCAAACAUAUUGAACUCGGACAGAUGAUCCUGGUGGGGAUUGGUUAUGGGAUGUCCUUGGUCUUCUUUGUAUUCCAAAAGGAUGAAAUGAAGUUUUGACUGAAUGGAUCGCGGAGGCCUCGCAUCCGCAGAGAUGGCCGUGUUUUGAUAUGUACAUUCAAACCUUCGGUAUUGCAAAGGAAGGAGUCGUGACUCUUCUUCCGACAUGAAUGCUGAGAUAUGAUCCUUUUGAGAACGCCGAUACUCCACUCCGUCGGGUCG